AUGUAUCUCCUCCCUCUCGAAUCAGGUUGUCCUGUGAAGGGCCACCCAAGACCACACAUCUCCUGGUUUCUCAAUAGCCAGUCUCUGGGCAGUGCAGCAGAAAUAACACAUCAGCUCCUGGCAGAAGGGCAGGUCCUGCGACUUCCAAAUGUUACCAAGCACCUUCAUGGAGAAGUGCGCUGCCUGUCGGAGAACGACGCGGGCACAUUACAGCAAAGGGCAGUCUUAGAUAUACAAGACUAUGAGUGGAAGGUUGAUGACCUGAUGCCGUGCUCUGCUCCUUGUGGUAACAAAGGCACCCAAUAUCCGAGGCUGAAGUGCCUGUGGGACAGCCUAGAAGUCAACCGGUCACUCUGCAGGGACAAGCCUAAACCUGCUCUGAAACCAGUUCCCUGCAAUAUCAAAGACUGCCUUCCCAGGUGGCUAGUGACGCCCUGGUCUUCAUGCCCACGAAGCUGUGGAGGGGGCAUGCUGAGCCGCAAAGUCACCUGUAACAAGGUAACGGCUGCUGGAAUGUCUAUGACCCUGCCAGAAGACAACUGCGGCCCUGCUGGCAAACGCCCAGCAGACAUGCAGCCAUGCAACACUCUUCCCUGUGUGGAGUGGGCCACGUCCACCUGGGCGCAGUGUAAUGGCCAGUGUAUUGGACUAAGACAAGCUACACAGCACAGACAGGUGUUCUGCCAGGCAAAGAAUGGCACUGUCAUGACUUUUAAUCAGUGCAGUAGUGUGCCCAGGCCACCCAGCAUCCGGAACUGUUCUGCCGAGGCCUGCAAUGUGCAGUGGCAUGUGAGCUCUUGGACUCAGUGCACAGCCACCUGUGGGAACUAUGGCUUCCAGUCCAGGAGGGUGGAAUGCGUACACCUCCGGAGCGGCAAGACUGGGAGGGAGCAGUUCUGUUCCUGGAGACAGAGACCCGCCAACUGGCAGCGCUGUAACAUCCUCCCCUGUGAGAAAUUGGAGUGCCGGGACACCACCAGAUACUGUGAGAAAGUCAAGCAGCUGAAACUCUGCCAGCUCUCCCAAUUCAAGGUGCGCUGCUGUGAGUCAUGCAAGGACACAUGAGGGAAUCCGCUUGUUCAGUUCUGUGGGUGAAAACAAAAGACAUAGAGAGAUGGAACAAUGGGCUGUCCCACAAGGCUGAUGAAAGAAUGCUAGGGCAGAACCAUUAAUCUCUCCUUUUGCC